AUUGCGUCGCCCACGGUCCACAGUUGAAUUCCAUUGCCGUCCAUUAAAACAACCGACUUGGAAAAUACAAUAUCAAAGUGUUCUCAGUUAUACUAGAAGCUUGUAUGCUGAUAUACCAUCAAGGAUUACAUAUUCAUGGAGCAAGGAUAUUGAGAACAGAUCUCCGCAUGUGUAACACACGCAUCUUCGACCCUGUCGCGGCUAGCUGCAUUGCCUGGCAAAACGGAACAAUUGGUGGAUAAUUCUCCUCGUGACUUAAGUUGAGCACAUUUUAUCGCUGAAAUACAUAGAAACUCGAAUGUGGUUUCUAUCAUGAGUCCAGCCGGGUGCUCCCAUGUGAACAGUUUUAAAGUGGAGAACUGGAAGCAGAAUCUGCGGGUCAUAUACCAGUGCUUUGUGUGGAGUGGCUCUGCUGAAACCAGGAAACGCAAGGCGAAGUCAUGUAUAUGUCACAUGUGUGGGGCUCAUUUAAAUCGACUUCACUCCUGUCUUCAUUGUGUGUUCUUCGGCUGUUUCAGCAAGAAACACAUCCACGAGCACGCCAAAAACAAGAGACACAAUCUAGCUAUAGACCUUUUGUACGGUGGAAUAUAUUGCUUUGUGUGCCAAGACUAUAUAUACGACAAAGACAUGGAACAGAUUGCCAAAGAAGAACAAAGAAAAGCUUGGAAGUUGCAAGGAAUUGGGGAGAAAUAUUCAAUGUGGGAGCCCACGAAACGAGAACUGGAGCUGUUGCGACACAACCCAAAACGGAGGAAAAUAACGGCAAACUGCACCAUAGGACUGAGGGGUUUGAUAAACCUUGGGAACACAUGCUUUAUGAACUGUAUCGUUCAGGCUCUCACACAUACUCCGCUGCUGAGGGACUUUUUUCUGUCCGACAGACACAAGUGUGAGAUGCAGUCCAAUUCUUGUCUAGUUUGCGAAAUGUCUCAGCUCUUUCAGGAGUUCUACUCGGGUCACCGCUCUCCUCACAUUCCCUUCCGCUUGCUGCAUCUCGUGUGGACCCAUGCUAGACACCUCGCUGGCUACGAGCAGCAGGACGCACACGAGUUCCUCAUCGCUGCUUUGGAUGUGCUACAUAGACACUGCAAAGGAGAUGACAAUGGGAAAAAAGCCAACAACCCAAACCACUGCAACUGCAUCAUUGACCAAAUCUUCACAGGAGGCCUGCAGUCUGACGUGACCUGCCAAGUGUGCCACGGUGUUUCCACGACAAUAGACCCAUUCUGGGACAUCAGUCUGGACCUGCCGGGUUCUUCCACCCCCUUCUGGCCCCUCAGCCCGGGCACUGAUGGUAGCGUGGUGAAUGGAGACAGUCACCCCACAGGAGCGACCACACUCACAGACUGCUUACGCAGGUUCACCCGACCUGAACACUUGGGAAGUAGCGCCAAGAUCAAAUGCAGCGGUUGCCAUAGUUACCAGGAGUCUACUAAGCAGCUGACAAUGAAGAGACUUCCGAUCGUGGCAUGCUUCCACCUUAAACGGUUUGAGCAUUCCGCGAAGCUCCGUCGAAAGAUCACCACCUAUGUGUCAUUCCCUCUUGAGCUGGACAUGACACCCUUCAUGGCUUCCAGUAAAGAGAGCCGAAUGAAUGGACAGUACCAGCAGCAAGUAGAUUCAUUAAACAAUGAUAACAAGUAUUCUCUCUUCGCAGUGGUGAAUCAUCAGGGCACAUUGGAAAGCGGCCAUUACACCACAUUUAUCCGUCAGCACAAGGACCAGUGGUUUAAAUGUGAUGACGCCAUCAUCACUAAGGCCAGCAUUAAAGAUGUUCUGGACAGUGAGGGGUACUUGUUAUUUUACCAUAAACAGUUCCUAGAAUAUGAAUAAUUCCCAGAUCCAGAAGUGGUCCGAGACAAAUGCUGUGAAGGGAAGAUCAUAUGAGUGAAGGUGGGGCAGAAAACAGAAACAAAGCAGCAUAAAGCACCCAGCCUGACACUUGUUCAUCCCAGGAGAGCUGGCAAGAACAGAAGAUGGUUCAAACAAAAAAUGCAGCCUUUCUAACUAAAGAAAAUCAUAACUAAAGAAAUGAAAAAAAAAAUGACACCGCUAAACCAAUCUGCACUGAGCAACCGGAGCAUACUUGAUGGAUGGAGAAGGAGGAGGCAUUAAAGAUGAAGAGUCCUCCACCUGUUCUCUUUCCUCUCACUACAGAUAGAGGAGACAGACUUGCAUCUCAUUUACCCUGUUUUUAAAGGAAUGGUUACAAUAUCCCACCCCCAAAAAGUUGUCAUCUUUUACUCAUCCUCGUGUUGUUCCUCUGCGGAUACACAAGAGGUUUAGUGGACACUUAUUUUCAUUUAAUGAAAGUGUAAAAUGUCAUGCGUGGUUUACACAACUAUAAUUCAAGUGUUCUGAAGAUUUGCUGUCUAAUAGCUUCGUGCGAAAAUACAGAAUUUUAAUUAAAUUUAGGCUAUUCACUUUACAUACGAGUUGUUCGCAAAACGGUUAGCAAUUUUGUUAUUUCUCUCAAGAACAUUCAUGAAUGUGAAAAGAAUGCAAAGAUUUUUUUUCAAUUUCACACAAAAUGUAUCAUUGGUGCAACUGAUGCAUUAACUCUUGGAAUAUAACACCCAAGUUGCAUGGACCAUGUUUUUGUCAUUUCGGAGUUUGACAGCCCCAGUCCUCUAUGAUUUCCUAAUGUUGAAAAGCAGAAUAUUCAACAUAUUUAAAAAAUCUGUUGUAACAGCAGUGAGUCAUAAAUGUGGAACAACAUAAGGGUAAAUAAAUUAUGACAGUUUUCAUUUUUUAGGUGCGCUGUUCCUUUAACGUCACAAUCUCAUUUUUCUCUUAGUUGUGCUUUUCCCUAUCUGUUCUCACAAAGAUUAUGAAACAUUUAUGUACUUCACAGCACCAUUCAUCAUCCCUAAAUGUUUCAAGAAGUAUAUGAGGGAAAAUAUUCCUUUGUUUCUUUGUAUGCAUUAUUGAUGUACUGAAUGCAAAUGAAAGGCAAGUGGUAUUAUGAACUUUAAUGUAAUCAUAUAUUGUUAUUUGUUAGUUGAGUUUGGAAAUACUGUCAGUGUCCAGCACUUUUUUUCUAUUUUUUUCAUUCAAGAGUGUUUCAACUCUAUAUGCCCUGAUCUUUUUCAUUGUCCUUUUUUGUUUGGUUGGGGGCCAAAAAUGUAUCACACACACACACACGUAAAUAUAUAUAAAUAUAUUUUUAUAAGUCAUUAAUUUCCUGUUUACAUGUCCUGUAUCCCCAUCACCUCCAUUCUCUUCUCUUAUAUGUGCUGUAAGUCUUCACCAUGAAUGGAAAGAAGCUUUGCUGCAUCUUAGUUUCUUUUUGUUCAACAUGAAAGUUUCAGUUGCAGAUAUGUUGCUACAGGUAUAGUCGUGAAGGCUUGUGUUACGUUUCAGAUGCAUUGUGAAUGAAGAAUUUUUUUCUUUCCUUUCAUGUGAUGCCUGUUGCCACCAUGGCUUGAUUCAGCAGUGUUUUUCUCAGCAACAUGUUGCUCCAGUUGUGUGCGCGAGCGUGUGGGUGCGCACGUAUGCAUAUCCGUACACACCUGUGUAUAUGUGUACUACCUGAGUGUGUGUGCGCAUGCAGGUAUGUGGGCACCUGUGUGUUGGUGGUGUUAACGUGUGUGUGUGUAUGUGUGUACUGAAUCAGUACUCCAACUUGGCAUGCAGUUUAAACUGGAUGCUAAAAGACUGGGGAGGAUUUUAUAAAUGUUAAUUAUGUAUCUAUGUAUAGUAUGUAUGUAUGUAUGUAAUGUAUGUAAAACAAAUCAAUGGAAAAAUAGUGGAAAAGCUGCUGUGUGGUCUGUUCUGUUCCGUUACAUAAUGUUUAGAGCAGGGGUUUCAUGAGGUCUGAGGACUCAAGGAAGUGUAGAGAAUAACUAUCUGUAUCAAACAUAACUGUAUCAUAAAAAAUAGUCUCAAGUAAAUAAGA